AUGUCCGGGCCCACCGCCCCCGACGAGGGAACCACCUUUGAGAACCUGUGGAACUCACUGCCCCACAGCACCUACUUUGACCUGCCCCAGGCCAGCCAGGGCAGCAGCGAGGGGGUCAGACCCGACAGCACCUACUUUGACCUGCCCCAGGCCAGCCAGGGCAGCAACGAGGGGGCGUGUGGUGCAGAGGCCGGCAUGGACUUCCACCUGCCGGGCAUGGCCGCCUCAUCUGUCAUGCCCGUCCUCAGAGAGCCUGGGAGGGUGUGGAGCUGGGACUGUGGCCUCACCCCCCUCCGCCCGCCCCGCCCCGUCCAGUACUCGCCGCUGCUGAAGAAGCUGUACUGCCAGAUCGCCAAGACGUGCCCCAUCCAGAUCCAGGUGUCCUCGCCGCCGCCGCCGGGCACCACCGUGCGCGCCAUGCCCGUCUACAAGAAGGCGGAGCACGUGACCGAGGUCGUGGGGACGGAGUUCACCACCAUCCUGUACAACUUCAUGUGCAACAGCAGCUGCGUGGGGGGCAUGAACCGCCGGCCCAUCCUCGUCAUCAUCACCCUGGAGAACCCCUCCGCGGUCCCCGCCCUGGGCACCGGCGCGAAGAAGAGGCGGCACGGGGACGAGGACAUGUACUACAUGCACGUGCGGGGCCGGGAGAACUUCGAGAUCCUGAUGAAGGUGAAGGAGAGCCUGGAGCUGAUGGAGCUGGUGCCCCAGCAGGUGGUGGACUCCUACCGGCAGCAGCAGCAGCUCCUGCAGCGGCCGAGCCACCUGCAGCCUCCCUCCUACGGGCCGGUCCUCUCGCCCGUGAACAAACCCCACGGGGGCGUCAGCAAGCUGCCCUCGGUCAACCAGCUGGUGGGCCAGCCGCCCCCACACAGCUCUGCGGCCGGGCCCAACCUGGGGCCCAUGGGCCCCGGGAUCCUCAACAGCCACGGCCACGCCCUGCCGGCCAACGGCGAGAUGAACGGCAGCCACGGCUCCCAGCCCAUGGUCUCGGGGUCCCACUGCACCCCGCCUCCCUCCUACCACGCCGACCCCAGCCUGGUCAGUUUUCUCACAGGCCUGGGCUGUCCCAACUGCAUCGAGCGUUUCACCUCCCACGGCGUGCACAGCAUCUACCAGCUGCAGAACCUGACGCUGGAGGGCCUGGGGAAGCCGUCAGCGGGCUCUCACCCUGCAGGGAUGACCUCCACCAUGACCUUGCCCGUGGAGAGCUGCCUGGGCUCCAAGGCCUGGAAGCCGACCAAGGACUCAGUCUCCAGCCAGCAGGACUCGGACAUGAAGGCGGACGGUUGGGACCACUGCCUGUCCACGCUGGUGGAGGAGGUGCAGCGCCUCGCCAAGCUGAAGGGGGAGGUGCAGCGGAGGGACGAGGAGAUCCUGGCGCUGCAGGGGGAGCGGGAGGCGCUGAAGAAGCAGCUGAAGUGCCUCCUCAAGAGCAGAGGCCGGGGGCCGUCCGUGUGCCAGCUGCUCCCCGGCAGCCACCUGCUGGCGCGGACCCUCCUCCGACACGCAGGGGCUGCGGCCCGCCCCCGGGAGGGCAGGUUGUGGGUGCAUCACCUGGGAGCGGAGGGGCGUGCGCGGCCCUGA